GGAACCAGCAAUUCAGAAACCCGAAACGCGCGCGAAGCGAUUUAGGAGCACAGACUGAGCUCAGUUGGGAAGACACCAUGGAUACCCUGAGUCUCACUUCUUCCCUGAUUUGCGUCCUAUUUCUCGUUCUUCUUUCAUCAACUUCUCCCUCUGAAUCGCAAUCGGAUCAGUUCUGCAGUGCUGGUGUUGGAUAUGGUGAGCCACUAUGUGGAGUUUCGUCAUCUUUGUCAUCGCCGAAGUUAUUGAUUAAGGGGGGAACUGUUGUAAAUGCUCACCACCAGGAAAUUGCUGAUGUUUAUGUGGAGGAUGGAAUUAUUGUAGCUGUGAAGCCUAAUAUCAUGGUUGGUGAUGAUGUUACGGUAAUUGAUGCCACUGGAAAAUAUGUCAUGCCAGGAGGGAUUGAUCCUCACACUCACCUAGCUAUGGAGUUUAUGGGUACCCAGGCGAUUGAUGAUUUCUUCAGUGGUCAGGCUGCAGCAUUAGCAGGUGGAACAACAAUGCACAUUGACUUUGUUAUACCAGUUGAUGGAAGUUUAAUGGCAGGUUUUGAAGCCUAUCAAGAGAAAUCAAAGAAGGCUUGUAUGGAUUAUGGUUUCCAUAUGGCAAUUACAAAGUGGGAUGAAGUUGUUUCAAGGGAAAUGGAAAUACUGGUUAACAAAAAAGGUAAGCACCAUUUUAACUUUGUGGUUCUUAUAAUUAUCAGGUUGUCAAGGUUGCAUAAUCUGUCAAUGGUUAUUGAUUGUGAUUGGCCUUACUCAGGUUGACAGGA